CACAUGAAACCCGUCAGCGAAGAGAAGGCGACCAAGCUUCUGAGAUAACCUCUCGAGUUCCUUUUAUCCACAGAGAGUAGUAGAGAUGGCCCACGUUUCACACUAGCUUGAAUCGCUGCUAUCUAACGACCCUCCAUCGAAACUGUUCCACAUGGAACAUGGACAUGCUUCUUGUUUCAUUUUCCACAUUUUCAUCCGGAAGAUACAAAAUCGGGUGAAUAAACUCAAAUGAGAUGAAAGUGCGAGAAGUGAGCACUCUUCACAAAAUCGACCCCCUGGUUCGUAGCUUUCUCGGCGACCAAUGGCUGACUUCGUGGUUCACUUAUCACUUCCCUAACUUCAUGAUUGUUGUGAGCGGCAUUUGUUUGCGCUGAAGUUCAUCCAAUGAGCUUAUCUCUAUCGCGGUGGCGAUUUCUUUCCUUUUAAUAACAUCCCGAAUCCCCGAGAAACGGCACGACGGGGAGGAGAUAUUUGGCUUCUGAGAAGUUGAGGUUAACUCCACGAAGAGGAACACGUCAGGAAAAUGAGAACAAAUUUCGAGUCGUGCGGUUCUUUUACGGCAUAACGUCAGGUUAGGUCAUUGCAGAGCUCCCUGCCGGGGAUUUUGAAUUCUCAGGAUAGAGAAGACCUCCAGAAGGCGUAUGGUAGAGAUCUUUAAAAGUCCAGAUACCUCGGUUAGUUUAAUGCCCCGCCGGCUGUGGGUUCGCGAUUAAUGAUUCUAUCAGCCCUGUGAACAGGGCUGACGAGGGUAUAGCAUUGGGAAAGGGAAUAAUGGGUUCUUUGCACCUUGUGUGUCCCAUGUGCUGUGGCGAGACAUUCGACGAUUCACAGUCACUAAAGUACCAUUUGCUCAGCAUGACGGACAAUUUGUAUUGUCCUGGAUGUUCGCAGCGAUCAGACUCGGUGAUGGCACUGAUACAGCAUUUGGAUCGAUGUGGACAGGAGCCUGAUCUUAAGCAGUCCUUGGACUCGGAAAACAAGCCACAGGAGGAGCACUCUCUACAGAACGAAAAUAAUGUUCUUGUGGAGACUCAUGUUGGACAAAUAGACGAGAGUUUUAUAGCAACUGUUAAUGAAGAGGGUAUCGUCAUAGUAGGAGGUCCUCGAACAAUAGAGGUUGAUGAGAAUGGUCAAAUAAAUGUCAUUGAAAAGAUGGAUUCAGGAAAUAAAGAAAACAGUGUAAAUGCGGUGACUGUUAAGCAAGUGCAGAAGCAGGUAAACGUUAGUAACAAACAGACUAAAGAGACGCGAGCUUUGGAUCCAUUGUUCAAGCAAGUACAGAGCAUUGAAGCGAAGCCCUGUGAAAGAAACAACAUUAGUAUCCUGCCUGAUGCAUCCAACAUACUCGAUGAAAGUAGCCGUACUCUUAUUGGUAUUGAUGGUACUAAUGAAGUACAAGAACUGGAUGAGGCCGGAUUGCUUCAAGUUAAACAGGAACUCAGCGAGGUAAAAGAAGAACAGAUCGAUUCAGACUCACUGUAUAGCUGUAGUAGUUGUGGAAUGAGUUUCAACUCGGUACUCGACCAUAUCAAGCAAUAUCACGAUGGCCAGGAGGUCGUCCUAGAGAUGGCAGAACAACAGUUAGACGAUUUCCCAGCGACAGUUCCGUCACCGAUACCUGAAGAUUUGCCUCCUACGGUUAAUGCUCGUCAACGUCAGACGAUGAACACGCUGCGUACCGAAGAAUGCGUGGAUAGCGAAGGAAGGCUUUAUACAAGAAAAGUUGUACAAAUAGAACGGUUUUGGGAUCGUCCUCCAAAGGCACCGAUGAUAGAAAAGUUCUUUUCUAACGUAGAAGGUGUCAAGGUUAGAGAUAAGAACGUAGCUUCGGCUCCAACAAAAGUGUAUCGGUGCAACCAGUGUUUCGAACAAUUCGACAAGCUCGGAGAUUUUCGUGUCCAUGCGUGUCUUCAUGGAAACAACCAGUGCGAUCAUUGCGAUCAAACGUUUGCAACUAUAAAAGCUUUACAGAUGCACGCGAAAAGUCACGAGGGCGAAUUAGACGGGAUGCAAAGAGCGUUCGUUUGCACUUCCUGUGGCACGGAGUUCUCGUCCCAUAAAAGCCUACGACUUCACUCUCGGAUGCAUGCUCCAGUUAGGGCAAGACACGUGGAAGCUCCGGAGGGAAUUCAAACUUCGUCUUUCACAUGUCGAGAAUGCGGCAAGACUUUCUCGGAGUCGUACAAGUCGGCGCACAUGGCUCUGCAUUCUGGCGAUUCGGCUACGUGCACGAUCUGCAACAGAAAGUUCGAUUCGGCUGAUAGUCUGGCAAUGCAUGCCGCGGUUCACACCGAACUGAGUCAAACUCGUUCACCUACACCACCUCCUGGAGACAUCGAGUCAAACCAAAAUCUGAAACCAUAUCAAUGCCAGCAUUGUAGUCGUCGCUUUACCAGACCGCACGAGAAAGUCAAGCACGAGCGCAUUCACACCGGCGAGAAGCCCCACGCCUGCGAAGUGUGCGGCAAGACUUUUCGUGUCUCCUAUUGCCUGACGCUGCACAUGAGAACCCACACCGGGGUUCGACCUUACGCAUGCCAACACUGCGGGAAACGUUUCAAGGCAUCCUCGGUGUACAACCAUCACUUACUGACUCAUGGGGAGGAAAGAGCCUACACCUGUCCGUACUGUCCAAAAACCUUCAAGACGAGAGUGCAGCUCGCCGGUCAUAAGAAUAGUCACACAAAGCCCUUCCGUUGCACCGAGUGCUCCAGACCUUUUGCGUCCUUAUACGCUGCUCGAGCUCACAUUCAGACGCACAAGAAGGACAACAACCUGAAGUUCAGUUGCUACGUUUGCGGCGCAUCCUACGGAAGAGCGUUUGCGCUGAAAGAUCACCUGAAACAGCACAGUCAGGAUGUUUUGGCUCCUCCGGAACCAGCUAGAGAAGAGGAAGUCCACGAGGGGGAAGAUUUCUUUCUGGCCGAGGAGGAAGUCGAGGAUGAUGAACUCGUCAUACCUUCUCCGCUGCCUGUCGCACAGUCUUCGGAAGCUGACGACACCGAUUGAAUUGAACCCUAGCUAGUCAAAAAGCCUUUGCGUUCAUCUGGCGAUGUGAUAGUUCGCGAAAGGAAUUGUAGUCACUUUUGGCCAGAUCUUCAAUCUUCCCCAGGAACUGGGGAUGUUAAGUUAAGCUUCGAAAGGUUUUGCUCACUUAGUCAUUUCUUCUGUCGGAUCGGAAGAGUUAAUCGAUGAUGAUUUUUCCACUUUGGAAGAAACGGGUCUUUCGUAGUAUGCCUCAAUGGUGGUGUAAAUCCUAGAACGGUGCAAUUUUACUACGAUCAAUUUCCAUCUUAUCGAGCUGUAGAUUUGUCUCGAGAGUGUGUCGGAGUGGUAAGCAGAAUUAAAUUUCACAGAGAAACUGCUAAGUUUUUUAAAUGGUAAGAAAGGAGUAGGGAUUGACAUUCGGAUGUCUUGUUGAAAGUUAAUUCGUUUUAUGGUUGAGUUUGUUUUAUCGUUGAGUUCUUCGACUCAUUUCAAACCCCUUCGAAGUUCAUCGAAAGAGAGCAUCGAGUCCAGAACUAGGUCGAUUGGCUGGUGUAAAUGCUGUUGUUACGUUUCGUCUGUGAAUUAUGUUAUCGUUACUAAUCGUACCAUUUGUUUAUGUUCCUUUGAUCUGGGGCUCGGCAUGGAGUUGCAUGGACUUAGAAGAUAACGUCUGCAGAGUUUUACAAUGGAUAGAGAUAGGGAAUGGUGGGAAUUGCAGGAAAGGGUUAUUUACGGACUAGUUACUUCGUCUUCGUUAAAACUUGCCUUAAAAUUACACCCUCUUUGUGGAAGUUAGAUGGAUCGGUGACUGGCUCAGGGUCGUCGAAAUAAAGCUUCAUCGGGGACCACAGGCUGGUCCGUAAAUAAUUGAAAAGAGUGAUCAUCUUCCGGUAUCCGAGAUAUCCGGAAAUUCGACUGAUUAGAAAGUAAUCAAACCAGUACAAAGACGUAAUUUGCUGACUAGUGCAAUCUUAUCUAGAGAAUAAUAAUUAUUUAUUCUGUAAACGACGUAUUUAAUACGGUAACACGACGCACCGAAGAGUAUUGGAGUUUCGUGACGAGGAAGGCGUCGGGGAAGAUUUAUGAGAUGUUAAAGAAUCCAUCCGAAGGUUCCCACGAAAAGUAUCCGCAUAGUUUGAGAAUAUUGAGUGCGCGUUGUGCUGUAACUUUCGUUUCCACCAAAUAAAGUGCUCUGGUGAUCCUUGGA